CAUCAAAAAUAAUUUGCUUCCAUUUCUAUAUAUUUCCUCUAAUUUUAAAGAACAGAGCUGAUUUUCAAUCAUCAUGUUAUCAAGAGGAUAUCUAAACUUACAUCCAAUCUUCCUGUUUAUAUUUUUCCUGAUAUUCGUUCCAUGUCUUUGCCUACAUAGGACAUGCAAAAAUAGAAAUUACGAAAACAAUACAAUCUACAUAGUUGUGCUUUUACCAGAAGAUAAUAUUUAUCUGGCUUCCCAACAGAAAGUGUUGCCAGUCAUCGAGCUAUCAAUUCGAAAAAUACAUGAGCGGAAUUUAUUGCCAGGUUGGAUUUUCAGCGUAUUCCCUGUCGAUACAGAGUGCGAUGCGGCCUUUGGAACAUGGGCCGCCAUCAAAUCUUAUAUUGAAAAUCCAGUUCACCUGUUCUUGGGUCCUUUCUGUGAUUACAUCACUGCUCCAGUGGCAAGACUUGCCAAGUUCUUCCAGAUACCUCUGCUGACACCUGCAGCGCUGGCUGAUGAUUUCACCAAUUAUGAUAAAAGAUCGAAUACCUCGGAAUAUCACAUGUUGGUCAAACCUGGUUGGUCUUUUAGUGAUAUGGCUCGGGCACUGGAAAAGGUGUUCUAUCGUUUUGGAUGGCACAAGCUUAUGUUUGUGUACGACAUGAAUGGCCGUCCAGAGAUGGCAAAGGAAGAUUAUUGCAUGUUGGCCAUUAAGGCUCUGUAUGAGACUUUUUUUUCUAAGACCAACUGCACCAUCAACCAAAAGAAAUUGAAGCAAGGUAUGUCUUAUGAACAUUUGCUAAGACAUGAAGUUGGGGUCGACUAUGGCAUAAUCGUGAUGUGUGCUUCCCCUGAUACUGUUCGAGAUAUUCUGCUGGCUGCUGAAGCUCUUGGAAUGAUCAAAAGUGGAGAAUAUGUAUUCUUCAGCAUUGAACUAUUUACAAGUAAGUUGGAAAGCGAAAAGCCUUGGUUAAGAGAUAACGAUUCUGAGGAGACCAAUGUCAGAGCAAAAUAUGCUUAUGAAGCACUCUUAACUGUAACUGCGCGCAUACCUGAAACGGAAGAAUACAAGAAUUUCUCACGGGAGGUAAAGCAAAUAGCAAGAAAAGAAUUUCAGUUCGAUUAUGGACAAGAAGAGGUCAAUACGUUUGUCACCGCUUUCCAUGAAGCAGUGCUUCUUUAUUCCCUUGCGUUGAAUGAAACGUUGGCUGAAGGAUACACAGUGUCAAAUGGAUCAAUUAUUAUUCAGAAAAUGUGGAAUCGUACAUUUGAUGGUAUCACAGGUAAAGUCACUAUAGAUGAAAAUGGUGAUAGAGAUGCGGAUUAUUCCAUUUUAGACAUGAAUCCUGAAACAGGAGUUUUUGAAGUUGUUGCAAAUUACAUAGGAACAGAAAAACAGGUGGUAGAUGAACCGGGAAAAUCAAUUCACUGGGCAGGAAACAGACAAACUCCACCUCCUGAUACACCAGAAUGUGGGUUCGACAAUUCUAAAUGUCCAGAACCAAAGGAUGAAACACUUUCCGAUGUCACAGUUGUCUUGUCAGUUAUUGUAGUUUGUCUGCUUCUUGGAUCUGCAGCAUUAUACAGGCACUACCGAAGAGAAGCUCAACUAGCAUCCAUGACAUGGAAAAUAAAAUGGGAAGACAUAACAGUGUCUACAGUAUCAAAGAAAAUGAGACCGGGAUCCAGAAUAAGUCUGACAAGAAUUAGUCUUACGAGCAUAGUAUCGGCAGAAACAAUGCCACUUUGCGACAUGGGUCCGCAGGUUUUUACCAAUACAGGAUUUUACAAGGGAACGGUGGUUUUCUUGAAGCCGAUACACAAAUCUCGAAUCGAAAUCAAUCGACCACUGUUAUUGGAAAUAAAAAUGAUCAAAGACUUGCAGCACAACCACGUGGUCCGUUUCAUAGGAGCAGUGGUGGAGUCUCCGCACUGUUACUUAGUCACGGAAUAUUUCCCAAGAGGCAGUCUCCAGGACAUUCUGGACAAUGACCAAAUUAAACUUGAUUGGAUGUUCCGUGUUUCUCUAAUGCAUGAUUUGGUAAAGGGUAUGGCAUACUUACACAGCACGGAUAUCCGUUCCCAUGGCAAUUUAAAAUCCUCCAAUUGCUUGGUUGAUAGUCGAUUUGCCCUCAAAAUUACAGAUUUUGGACUCCAUAGCUUAAGAUGUGGAGAUGAAGACGAACAAAUGGAUUCAUAUGUUUUCUGGAAACUCAAACUGUGGACCUCCCCGGAACUUCUGCGCAUGCCCAAUCCGCCACCAGAGGGUACUCCGAAAGGGGACGUCUACGCUUUCGCAAUCAUAGCACACGAGAUAGUCAUCCGAAAAGGAGUUUUCUACCUGGCGGGACUCCAACUAACCCCUAAAGAAAUCGUGGAUAAUGUCAAAAACUCCCAGAAGAACCCAUUCCGGCCCCAUUUGGAGAAGGACGCCUGCGACGAAGAGGUGAUUCACAUGAUAAAAAAGUGCUGGACAGAAGACCCGACAGAAAGACCCGACUUCCAAGCCCUCAAGUCCAUCAUCCGGAGGUUGAACAAGGACAAUGACAGCGGGAAUAUUCUUGACAAUUUACUUUCCAGAAUGGAACAAUAUGCCAACAACUUGGAAGCACUCGUAGAAGAACGAACUGCUGAUUACCUGGAAGAAAAGCGAAAAGCAGAAGACUUGCUUUACCAGCUGUUGCCAAACAUUCGAUUAGAACACCAAAGAUGCAGGCUGACAGGUGUUGGGGAUGAUCAACGACUCUCAGGAAGAGAAGUUGUCAAAGAAUGUACAGAAUUUCGGUCCGUUGCUAGCCAGCUGAUACGAGGGGAGUCUGUCACAGCCGAAGCAUUCGACAGCGUCACCAUUUAUUUCAGCGACAUUGUUGGCUUCACGGAGAUGUCCGCGGAGAGCACGCCAAUGGAAGUUGUAGAUCUUCUGAAUGAUUUAUAUACUUGCUUUGAUUCCAUAAUUGAAAAUUUCGAUGUGUAUAAGGUUGAAACAAUAGGCGAUGCGUAUAUGGUUGUUUCUGGACUUCCCGUACGGAACAGCAACCUUCACGCUCGUGAGAUAGCACGCAUGUCCCUGGCACUCCUCAACACUGUCAAAUCCUUCACCAUUCGGCACCGACCCCACGAGAAACUGAAGCUCCGGAUUGGACUGCACACUGGACCUUGUGCUGCCGGCGUGGUCGGUUUGAAAAUGCCCAGAUAUUGUCUGUUUGGAGAUACAGUUAAUACGGCAUCAAGAAUGGAGUCUACAGGGUUACCUCUGAGGAUUCAUUUAAGUACGAAGACUAAGGAAGUCUUGGAUUCAUUCCAAACUUUCAUCUUGGAAUGCAGAGGUGAUAUUGAAAUAAAGGGUAAAGGCAAGAUGACAACCUAUUGGCUGAUUGGAGAGCACGAUACCGUAACAAAAGCACCCGACACUAAAAAAGAAGUCAUCACAUCAAAUAGCAAAGAAGUUCGCGAAACCAAUCUAUAAAAAUGCAUACUCACCACAUUCGUGCACUUAUAAAUUGUGAAAGUCAUCACCAGAUGGCGCUUGCGUGCUUUUCACGUCAUUUAAAUCACGUGAUUGUACCAUCAUCUACUUCACACAUUUCCUGCGAAAAAUAAGCGGGCACUUAAUAAUCAAGAAAACUGCAUGGUUGUAUUUUAGAACCCAUGAUUGUAUUUUGUUUUUUCUUUGUUCAUUCCGAGACAUUGUCGUUAUUUGUAUUUUGAUUGUACUGAGCAUUUUCUCUGAGCUUAUAUUGAAAAGAAAGGGUAACGGAAUGAAAAAAUGUUGCACAAAGGUAAUAAUUUAUGUCUAAUAGAGAGUUUAUGAAAGAGCCAGUAUUUAUGGAGAUAAGGUUUUGAAGAGUGUAUAUGUAUAUGUGGUGUAAUGUUAAUAAAUGA